AUGGCUUCAUUGGCUCCCGUUCGACCACCCUCCGCUGCUUCCAACCGAUCAACCACUCCUGCAUCUCAACCGAAUAACGUCUACCGCCAUCAACACUCCCUAUCCACAUCCACCACGUCCAACCAGCACUUUGGAGCUAUCUCCCCCCGCGUGUGUCCCCCUCGGAGUGCUGGCGGUAUGAGGCAGAGUUUGGAUAACACCAAACAGUUCCUUGGGAACCCUCCUGUCAGUCCCCGCUUGCCUCCUGCCUCGGCAGGCCACAACACACGCCCGAAUAGUGAGAUGCUCGGAUUGAGUGCUCAACGACAAUUCCACGGUGGUCCUUCCCAAGAAGCCGAAGCCAUCGACAAGUGGUUUGAGGAUUUACAAAGCUACGAAGCAACGCUUGAAGAAAUGGCUACUGCCAGUCUAGACGCUAGCUUCAAGGAGGAGUUGAGCGCGAUCGAGCAGUGGUUUCGAGUUCUCAGUGAGGCAGAAAGAACCGCAGCUCUAUAUUCCCUGUUGCAAUCAUCUACCCAACUUCAGAUUCGAUUCUUCAUCACUGUCUUACAGCAAAUGGCUCGCAGUGAUCCAAUGACCGCUUUAUUAAGCCCCGCUCCUAACGGAGAGGCCAAACUGGCUCAACUAAACAAGGUUUCGCCGGCGUCUCCUAUUGUUCGCCAAUUUGCUCGUCAAUCUCUUGGCCCCAACGUCAACACUCCAUCCAACGAGCCUUUUCUUAGUCCCCACUCAGCACUCCUCAAUGAUUCCAACAGCUUCAAUCCCAAUGAUGCAGCAGCCCUACUAGCCAAUCAGCGUGCCAAGCUCCAGUCCAAAGCAGCCAACCGCUUAUCUGCCCCUGGGCAACUCCUGGCGGACAACGGCUUGAAGAGCCCCAAAUGGAGCAAUUUUUCGGGCACAGUGCAAGAAGAAUCCCAGAGUCGAUCAGUCAGCCCAAGACCGAAGAGCACUAGUGGCGAAGUCAACCCUCCUGCGAACCAACACCUUUCCCUUGCUCCUACGAUUUCCCGCACUUUGCCUUUGCCUUGGUCGGGACAAGAAACCCAAUUGAGUCCGGCCAUUGGCGGCAGUUGGGCAAGCCAAGUCAAUACCCCUCUCGUUCCUAUGUUCGCUAACAAGGACCCGGCCCAGAACCCACACGAGGCGCACCAAGCUCACAGCGAGACUGUUGCCAACCGCCUGGCCCAAUGGGGUGCCACCCACCAGGCCAGCUCAAGCACUGCUUCCUUGCCCGCUUUGACAACCUCGACGCUUCGUGUCUCGGUGGAUGCCCCACCAAGCGGUAUCCAAUUAGACGAUGCGCGCAAAUUUCGAAGAGCUAGUAAAUGUAACAACACCAACACUUCAUCUGGUUUUUCGGGUGUCUUAUCCGGUAUGAGCAGCUCGACAAAUAGCACGUCUAACUCCGCUCAAGCUUCCACCCAGUCUGCCAGCAACAACCCAUCAAGUGGCCAACCAGGAAUGUUGAGUCGCACGACAUCUGCGACCAAUAGUACCUCGAAUGCCCACCUUUCGACGAUGGGCGCAAGCAAUGGAGCUGCUUUGCCUAAUCUCAUGUCUACGCAGUCAGUGUGGGGACCCCCACAGACAUCCAUGGCUGCUAACCAAUCCAACUGGAGAAAUGGAUUAAACAGCCCGAACCCGCGAUCAUUGAAUAGUCCCGAUCCUACUAUGGUCAACAAUCUGGCAAUGAUGAACACCCUGGCUGGCAUGAAUGGUGGGGUGGAUAAGAAUUCGAUUGCGAAUCUAGCUGCCAUGGCAAACUUGACCGAUCCGAAUGCUAUCCAAAAUAUGGCGAACAUGCUAAACAUGCGACAACAAAUUCAACAAGUCCAAAGCUUGCAAGCUUUGCAACAACAGCUGCAACAAAAUGGGAUGCUCGCAGGCAUCAUGAACACGACCCCACUUCUUUCACCCGCCAACAACGGAAGGUUCGGCAUGAACAUGGGCUUCGGAAUGAAUGGCGGCGGGGCGAUGGGGAUGAAUGGCAACAAGCGCAGUCCAGGAGGCCGACCGGCAGCGGCAGCGAACAAAUCGACCCACACGCCGGGCUCGGGAGCUAAUCCUGAGGAAGAGUUGGACCUGAAGCUAUUGGGGGAUGUGUCGGCUUGGCUACGGGGCCUGAGGCUGCAUAAAUACACGCCGAACUUCGCUGGCUGCACGUGGAAGGAAAUGGUGAUGAUGAGUGACUCUGAGCUCGAGAAUCGGGGAGUAGCCGCCGUCGGUGCUCGUCGGAAGAUGCUCAGGACCUUCGAGACCGUCCGACUGAAGACGGGGAUGGCCCUGUUCGGUGACGGUGAUGGCCCCCGAGACUCCAAGGGUCAUCGAAUCGAAUCGGCCGCCGCAAACAUCGACAAAGUAGAAGAUGAAGAUCGUCAGCAACCUACCUCCAACGCCUCGAUGACCCCUGAAAGUGAUCACUGA